UCAGAAGGCAGCACACGGUGUGAUCGCGCGACCCUGCCUGUGAGCAAUCUCCCAACUCAUCUCUGGUUGGAAGAAGUCGCUUGUCCACAUGCGGAUCUAACCAGAGGUCGACAUGACACAUGCGCAUCCAAAUGUCAUCAGGAAACUCAACAUGAAGGAUAGAGUGGGACCUUGUGAGAAGUAACGUGUUGAACAGGCGUUUUCACAAAGUCAACCAAGUCCGGACAAAUGACCGGGUACAAUGAGGCGUCCGAGAACUCUGAAACUCCUCGUGUACUACGUUAUGGUCUUCUACGUAUGUCUCGGAACUUGUGACGAAAGUUUCAAGAAGUCAAGGACAGCCGACUCCGCGCCGGCCGAUGUUUCCCCGAAGACGGCCGGCGCGGACCUUGCGAACAAACCUGAAGACCCCUCGAAACUCGACGAGGAGAAAAGGCCUCACGGCGCCAACGAUAAGCACGUUACGUCGAACCAUAACCUCACUUCCGCGGGCGAAAUUAAUAACGAUACGUCGUCAAAGACCAUUGUGCCGCCGGCUCAGCCAGGUGCUGGACACGCGACAUCGUUAAACCCUGGUGCCCUUUGGCGUGGGUUCUAUGUUUUCCUUGGACUCAGUGUGCUCGUCAUGUCCUACAUUAUAUUCCGUAGCUUUAGGAUAACUAAGUCACGAGCCCAAAUGGUACGAAAAUAUGGCGUACUUGCACAUAGGCAAGACGUGGAAAUGCGUCCAUUGCCACUAGACGAAGAGGACGACGACGAUACAACUGUGUUCGAUGCAAGCAACGUAUCACCACGAAUGGCACAGCAUCAAAAUUCAUAAAAGCAGCUUUAUAUGCCAUUUUGCAGUAUUAACAAGUUCCAUUGUAUCGACAAGCCUUUAAGUAUAGGAUUCCUUUUCUACUUAAAAGAAAAACAAGUGUAUAAAAUUGACAGAUGUUUGAACGUGAUAUGGCACUGAUCGUGACCACAAAGUAUCAUAAGGAGCUCCCAUGCUACGAGUCUUUCUGGAAAAUUCUACCCUCAUAAGUUUGUUCGGAUUAGCUGUACUUCUGUACUUGAGUGUAACCUAUUGCACUACACUUUUCACGAGAAAUGCAAAAAUGUGGAUACAUUUUUGCCGACUGUCCCAAAUACCGGAAACCUCAAGAAAAUUCAAGAUGAAGUCGUUCAAUUUCCACUAUAACUGAUUCGAUGGAAAUUGAAAACCACGAAUAAUAUUUUCAGGUGAGGUUAUAUAUUUACUUUAUGCUAUACGAUACCAGAGGAUUCCUGCACUCGCUGCACCUAUUUGAGAACGAGUGUGGAAAGUACGAUACUUUUGUACCAAAAUGUAUAAUGGUGUAAUCGUACUCAUAAUCCGAACAGUCAUUUUUGUCAUUACGUCCAGAAAUUCGAACGCCAAAUUUGACAAAAGUAUAAACUAAGUGCAAAAGUACGGUAUCCCGAACAAAUCUCGUUCUCCCUUGCCAAGUAGUCAACAGUAACAUUGGCAAUUCUUGCGAGAAAAGUGUUGCAACUUGAUUAUACAUUAUGAUAGAGCUUACACUAUGAGUCAGGUGUAGUACUACAUGUGUACAGAUAUAAACAAUCGACUUGUAUCACCGGCCUUGUCAUUUUUAUUUAUUAAUAUUUCUAAGAUGUGAAAUAAUAAAUGUCUUGAUAGUCAAUAUUUGCGUAUGGAUGAAGUAUUUUUUAGAUGAUGUUACAAAAGCUAUUUGUGAACAUUUAAGAAUGUCGGAUUUCUUGCAUGAAUUGUUAGCGUUACUGUUAACUAACUUGGCAAUGAAAUAUAAGGUUACUUUUAUAAGAAAGUGGGAACACAUUAUGCUACUUCAUGAUUAUGACAUACCAUGACUUGGUUAACCGUGACAUCAACUUUAGGAUGUUUCGUUCCAAUGCACAUCCAGCUAUGAGCGAUGUCUCUUUCAUCAGUCUUAAUUUUUCCUCGCGCUCCUAAAAAGCACUCUGUGCCUCCUGCAUGGAAUGUAGGACAGACUAGAUAUGCAAAAAACACUUAAAUGGCAUUGUUGUAAUAAUUGAUAAAUGUAGAAUGUCUAUAUUUUACUUAGUUCUAUAAAUUUAAUAAAGAUUAUCUACAAA